AUCAAGAAUUGGCAUCGGGCCUUUUAUCAAUAACUGAGAAUCACUGUAGUUUCUCACCGAUACGCCGAUGUGUCAUUGGUAAAUACAUACAUACCUGUAACUUGCGUGUUAUCAGCGUUUAACACGCAGCUCGCUCACAAUCGAGUCUUCGCUCGCGUAAGAGGAGAACUCGCGGUGGCUCCGUCUCUCUGCACUCGCCAGUUUACGGCCAGUUUUCUCGUCCAUUCUCUCUCUUCAUUAUUCCCUAUCCUCGUCUCGCUCUUUCUCGCGUUCCUAUAGUUCCCCCCCAGUAUUCUCUCUUUCUCGUACUCUACGUAUAUUAUACGAACAACUCGUCAGUCAGUACAGAGACAUCGUUGCUGGCACCUCGUCCGUCUCACUCCCUCCUUUUCUUCUUCCUUUUUCUCUCUCUCUCUCUCUCUCUCUUCUUCCCCGUUCUCUUAAUUUCCACCCUCUCUUUAAUUUUGUUUAAUUUUUCUUCCAUCAUUAAGCAAGCCGUGUUAUCUCACCUCUCCUAGAACCGGCGUCUGUUUUAUUUAAACGUUCUUGUUUGCGCGCGUGUCUCCGCCUCGUUUAAAAUCCUCCUUUAUCCGCCUCGUACGCGAAGAAGAAAAUGCCGCGGAAAAUCGCGCUCCGUUUGUUAACAGUGCGACAGUGGCAAUGACAGUGUGCUUGUGUUCAAGGUGUGACGACGAUAAGAGCCCCUCCUUUCUUUGUGAUAAAGUGUUAAUCCAUCGUGCAGGGAUACGUAAAUCGGUGAAACGGCGUCCUCGGUUUCUCCCGGCGAGCCAUAUGUAUUCGGCGUUCUUAAGAGGAGAACGGUGCGCAACAAACCAGCAUGGAAUCUCAGGAGGGAGUCUUCGGUAGCAAUAUCUCGGAAACGGACGUGCGGCACAAUCGGGAUCCAUUUAAGAGUGACGAAAAAGAAGCGAACGCAGAAAACGUGAGAGUUCUGUCCGUCGACAAAGUUACUGUCGAAAAAAUUGUUCUAGAAUCUUCGGAUGGAUCGCGAGAAGUAUUGCUAACGAAAAACGAGUCUUCGAGAAAACUGUCUUUGAGUUCGGAGACGAGGUCGAAUGUUGUCAAAUGUGUGAAAAACGAGCGACAGAAAUCGGAGAAUAAUGAUAGAUUUCGAGAAAAUUUCUUGGAAAACAUAUCAAAAUCAAAAGAUACUAUUCCUAAGACCAUCGUGUCGGGCAGCCAAUCAAAACUUCCUAUUCCGAAGAGCCGAAAGAACAACGGUGUUAGUUCGAGAGAAGAAUCCAGGAUCAACCCGAUUAAAUUCACUAAAACUCCAUCAAUCGAUAGUAUCGUGAUCGAAAGUUUGAAUUCGGCGAGUACGGUUGUAAAAAAAAACAAGGUGUCGCCGAGGGCCCCGGAGAAAUCUAUAACUAGAAAUGAGCAUAAUUCAUCUUUGAUAGCGACUUCGGUUUCCUCCGCGAAAGCAAAAGCUUUAGAAGAUUUAUUGUCGAAAGGGGAAAAAGUUGUUGACAAGAUAGUGGCUGAGGUUAAGCAAGAGCAAGCUGAACAAGAACUUUUCGAGGCGAAAGACGUUGCGGGCGAUAAAGAAGGUGACGGUAUAAAUUCCGCCGGAAUCGAUAAACACAAUGAGACGUCUGAGGCUACAAACGUGAAUUGCAAAUGUGAAUCGGAUGAGAUUAAGAAGCAGGACGACGUUGAAAGCCGUGAAGGUGACGCCAGAAUUGACAGAGACGUGCGGGAUCGCCUGGAGAAGAGUCAAGCGACUAUCGAUGAUCUUCAAAAAAAUCUGAGCACCAAGAUUCACGCUAGUACGGCGCAGAGCUACAAGGAGAAGUUGCUGGGUCUUCAGUCGAAUUAUGUUCUGAAACCGCCGAUUAUCUUGGAGUCGAACUGCAACGAGAGAUUAAGUUCCGAAUUUGACAAGGAUUUUCUCGAGAGGCAUAACUUGGAUAAGCGGCUGAAGAUUGAAGAGAAGAGGCUGUUGGAAACUGAUCUCGAUUACACGUCUGACAACGACAGAACUAGCGAGACUGACGAACGACCGUCGAGUAAAAUCGACGUGAAACGAAAAUACAGUGCGAAAGUGACGGAGGUGGAGAAAAGAUGGUCCGGGGAUUUUCUGGAUAAUCGUUUGCAACGAAACUCCUCGGAAUCUUCGAAAUCGUCUUACAUUGAGGAGUUCGACAGCGUGUCUUCGCGUGAAAGUAUCGUCGAGGAUCGCGACGCCCAGUUGCUCUUCGACCGGAAGCAUCCGGAAGCAAAGUUCACGGAGAGGCGAACGUCGAUUGACGAGUCGAAGAGACGAACUUCGGAGGAGAUACUUGAGAAUAGUACCGUGAGCACUGUCGACUCUGAUUCGUGUCUGGAGGACAGAAUUAAGGCAGUCGAUGAAGAUAUCGCCCAAGUGGCGAAUGGAGAGAACGAAGUACAGACAGAUGAUAAUGACGAUAUCGAUGGAUUUGAUCGAGCUGACGGCGAGGAAGAUAAGGAUUACGUUCGAUGGAAUGAAGAAAUAGAGAGAGCCGAUACAAUUCUCACGACAACGGCGAUAAUUCACGAAGAUCUAAGUUUAAAGAAAGAAAAUAUUAGAAGUGACGCAACUAGCGUUAUUAACGAUCCAAAUUCGAACGAAGUAAAGAAUAACUGCAAAAAGAAUAUCGAAGAAAUAAGAAAUGAGGAGAUACUUCUUACCGAUGGGAAGAAUAUUUUAACCGAAAAGAGAAACAAUAAAUCUUCCAAUUCUUUUACGGUGAUUAAUUCGAAGGAAUCCAUUGAUCCGACGAUCUUCGUCGUCCGAAGUCGCGAUAGCGACGGUUACGCAAAUCUUAUAAAGGAAUUUGCGAUGGAAGCGGGAUCGUCCAAGGUGAAGAAAGAGGAGAAGCAAAAGAAGAAGCUCGGCUUUCGGCGUCUCUUACCGGCUAUCUUCUCUCCGAAGGAUUCUCGAAAGGAUUACAAGAAGAAGGAGCAGAAGGAGCGAAGGAGAUAUGAUGAGCGACAUUUCGCUCGUUAUCAGCAGAAUGGAAAUUACACGAGGUCGCCGGAUACGAUGAAUCUGAACGAGGACAUCAAGAGAAACGUUAAACUGGAUAACAGCCUAAACGGUUCUAUUAUUGAGGAGAGAUUGGACGAGAUCAAGCGUGAAUUGUUUCCCGAACAGGGGCCAAUCACCAGUACGCCCGAUCACUUUCUGCAGACGGACGAUACGCGACUUCUUCGCGAGAGAACCAGAGGUUCUAGAGAGCCAAGGUCGUAUACCGCUAACUCCAGUCUCAGCUCGAUUGCACCGGACGAUAGAUGGCUGGAGCGAAGCGGACAGUUCGGCAUCUCGCCCGACAUUAGGAAGUACGAGCAGAGACAGAGACGCGAGCAGCAUGACAGCCGGCGAUACGGCCAUCUGGAGCGCAAGCACAGUCUGCAAGAAUCAAAUCAAGGCGCGCGUACUUACCUCUUCCAGAGGAAUCACGGCGCUUCCGGCCGAAUCUCGGCGCCGCCCGGUGAACGGUACUACAUACGGUCACGAGCUAUUCACCCUGUCGAUAGGCCGCUACCCGAGAUUCCGCAAUCACGGCUCGAGCUGUCGAAUUAUGAAAAUUACCAGGACGAUGUUGAUCAGUUACGUGAAAAUCUUAGUAGUUUGGACGUGACCGACAACGUGAGUUACCGAAAUCAAUCCGGACUUUAUCAGAACGACAGGAAUCUCGAGGCGAGUCUGAUUCACAGUCCACCGCAGUCGGUUCCCGCGCAAGUUAAAAUUACUCGGCAACCGAUCGUAAAUCAAAAUCAGAAAGCGCCGUUGGUCGGGAGAACUCCGAAGUAUCCGUCGUCCGGUUCCAGCCAGAAGUCCGGUGAUUAUGCCGACUCGAGUUGUACACCUAACUCGAGUCAGAAGAGCGAGUUUUCGCCUUCCAGCUCGAAAAGCGGCGAGUAUUACUUGAACUCGCCUCGUAGCAGCGCUCGAGCUUCACCUGCCGAUCGACCGCUUUUCGAAGAUGCGCGUGAUAGGAUUUACGAAAACGAAGGUCAAACCGUUUCUGAGCCAUCCAAUAAUUACAUUGGAGAACACCUUUAUGAUGAGACUCCGUCGUCACCGUGUCAUGAUGAACAUUUUGCGGAAAUAUCAAAUUGUAUAAUGCAGAAUUCACCGGAGAAGAAAGAUGACUUUGAACAAAAAUGUUCAUCAAAUCAACAAUCGCCCUCGAAGAAUUGUUCUUUUCAAUAUUGCGAGGAUAACGAAAAUACGCGAAUGGAAUCGAAACGAGAAAUCGAGAAAUCGCGGGAAGAUUGUUUAAAGAGUUACGAGACUACCGAUAUAAGUUUGAAGAGCGACUCAUUAGCGAGCAAUUCAGCUGAGAGAUCGUCCAUUCAGAACGUAUCAUCGUCGAAACUUGGCGUGACAGUAGCAACAUCUCCGGUGGGAUUUCGAGUCAGAAGGUCACAACCAGACGAUCAAAUCUUGAUAGCUUCGCCCAAACGAGAUGUCAUCUUCCAGUCUCGAAUUUCUCGGCCAUCAAAUGAGGCUAGACUCUGCGAUGCGGAAUCGCCCGUUCCCAUAGCGGAUUCGCGCGGUAUUUCUGGCAUCGUACCAAUCGAAGUGCGAAAUCAGUACGGUGGCCAAAUUUCUCCCGCUACAGAAAUGAGGAAGUCUAUGGGACAAAGAAGUGCAUUGUCCUGUGGCUUCUCAAAGAGUAUUUCGCGCCCCGAGCCAAUUUAUGGACAACGCGGCCAGCUGAGUCCCUCUCGCAGUAACGUGGUGGUCUCAGAGACGAGGGAAGGACACGAGAACGAUCAACUGCCGCCACCCGAUCCAUACGGUUCGAUUAAACCGUGCCGCGACGUCGAUGAGAAAAUAGCUCGGGUUCAAGGUCGUAAUUCGACAUCGCAAAGUCCACAGUCGUGUGUCUCGGAGACCAAACAAGUGCUAAAUGAGCCGGGGAAAAAAGUGGCACGAUCUCCGAUACGCGAACCGUCGAAUGCGGCUCAAGAUAUUUGUCAACAACGGCGACCCGAUGCCAUUCAGCAACAACAGGCUCCACUCACGGCGGCAGCAUUUACGUUGGAAGGUCGACAGUCGUCGCCGACUACGAGUCAGGAUAAGAUGUACGUAAGCGCGAAUUCGCUUCAGCGCGAACCGAUUUACGAGCAACGCCAACGACAGCAUCAACCGCAACAACCGAGACAAGGUCAAGAGCUAUAUGCUCAACGAAUUACGGAUGCGACGUGCGGUCAGCAAAAUCCUAAUUGUGGAUUAUUGUCGCCUUCGAAGCAAGAGACUAGGCAGCACUUGGAAGCAUUUUACUGGCAGCAAAAGGCGUUGGAAGCACACCGGAAGUCGGCCAUUUCGUCGGCAAACUCCGGUCCAAGGCAGAUCGCACCGAAGAUCGAUCUGCCGGAGAUGAGAGAGGCGGUGUAUUGGCAGCAAUUGAAGAGACUGGAUGAGGAGCAGCAGCGACGAAUCUACGAGCAGAAUUUGAUGGAGGACGGACUGUACGAAACGCAUCACAAGACGAGAAAUGGAAGCCCUAUGAUAUCACCUGCGUUACCGAAUCAAACCUUCAAUUCUAACGCGCUCGGUUCCGUUAUUCAUAGGGAUGGAUCUUAUUGGAACAACGCGCAGCAACGUCUCAAAGUGAGCCCGACCGGGAAACCGUUAUUAAUGCAAGUUCAAAAGGGCCAGAAUCAACCGGUGCUGAUAGUCAGGCCGCAACAGGCGCUGCGGGAUCGUCAGGAGUUGUCGAUGAAGGUCAUAAAUCCACGUGAUCUCGCGGGAUACGAUGCGCAAAGAUCGAAGAGCGCUUCCCCGCACUUCCACAGAGGUGACAUCGAACGUACCAGUGUUCACAUGACGUGCCGAAAAUCUGUCGCGGAUGGACGAACUGGCACGGCGUCUCCGGUAAGGAAGCCAGAAGUUGGCGGGGUUUACGAGGAAGACGGCACCGACGGCGACGUCAGACCUCGACCGCAUCCUAUAUUUAAGAGAGGAAGCCUAAUAGGGGGUGAUUCCGUGGAGUACGGGAGCACCGGUCCCAAGAGGGUCAGUUUCUCUAAUCAACCGAACGCCGGACCGGAUUUAGCGGCUGGCAACUGGCCGACCAAACGUGGAACGGCACCCGAGCCGCCCACCAGGCGACACAGGAAUGAGGACAGCACCUCAGACACCGACUCGGUAUUUUUGCAUCAAGAUCGACAUGAAGGAACUCAGGACGUUUCGUACGUCGCCCGCACUGUCGGCCCGUCUCCGAGGUGUCGUUCAGAUGGCAGUUGCUCAGAGCAGGAGUACGACGCUAACAAACCUCUGCCACCUCUGCCUAAGGACUCCUUAAUAAUCUCCCGCCGUGGAAACAAUGCCAAGAAUUACGCCUGCAACGACGCCCGAUGGAACAGUGAGGAGCAACGCGGCUGUCGGCGAAAGCAGAAUGAAGAAGAGUGGAAUCCAGAUGGCAAGGGUCACCGGCAGUCCAACGAUACCGGCGGAUCCAUCAGAGGGGAGAUUGAACCCGGC